GUCUUUAUUAAUAUGGAAAGAACCAUACCUGAGGCAUCAAAGAGUCCGAUGAAGGCCACUGAGGGUAAUAUAGUGGAGGAAAACAAGAAGGCUCUUCAGUUCAUUGAAGAGGUCACGACCAAUGUUGAUGAGGUCCAAAAGAGAGUUCUUGCUGAAAUCCUCUCUAGAAAUGCCAACGUUGAGUACUUGAAGCGCCAUGAUCUCAAUGGUCACACUGAUAGAGAGACAUUCAAGAAAGUCAUGCCUGUCAUCACCUAUGAAGAUAUUCAGCCUGAUAUUAACCGUAUAGCCAAUGGUGAUAAAUCUCCAAUCUUCUGCUCCCAACCCAUCUCUGAAUUCUUGACAAGUUCUGGGACGUCCGGAGGGGAGAGCAAAUUGAUGCCAACAAUUCCAGAAGAGAUUGGGAAGAGAUUUCAGCUUCGCGGCCUUGUGAUGUCUGUGAUAAGCCAAUUUGUUCCAGAUUUGGAAAAGGGCAAAGGAAUGUAUUUCUGGUCCAUAAAGUCCGAAGCCAAGACCCCAGGAGGAUUAACAGCUCACCCUGUUUUAACAAGUAUGUGCAAGAGUCCUUAUUUCAACAACAACCGGUUUAGCCCCUAUGCAAACUACACUAGUCCAGCUGAAACCAUUCUCUGCCCAGACUCUUACCAAAACAUGUACUCCCAAAUGCUUUGUGGUCUCUACCAAUGCAAAGAAGUCCUCAGCGUUGGCUCACCCUUUGCAUCCAGCUUCAUCCGUGCCAUCCGGUUCCUAGAAAAGCACUGGUCUCUACUUUGUAACGAUAUUCGAAUGGGAACCCUUAACACCCAAAUUACAGAUCAGUCAGUGAGAGAGUCGGUGAUGAAAAUCCUCAAACCUGACCCAGAGUUAGCUGAUUUCAUCGAGGCUGAAUGCAGUAGAGAUUCAUGGCAAGGGAUCAUCGCUAGAUUGUGGCCUAACACAAAGUAUGUGGCUGUUGUUGUAACCGGAAACAUGUCACAGUAUAUACCUACCCUUGAUUAUUACAGCAAUGGCCUCCCUCUUGUCUCUACCAUGUAUGGUUCCUCAGAAUGCCACUUUGGAAUCAACUUGAACCCCUUUUGUAAGCCCAGUGAAGUCUCUUACACCCUUAUUCCCACCAUGUGCUAUUUUGAGUUCGCACCAAUUCACCGAGACAAUGGAGUCAUUAAUUCUAUCUCCAAGUCCAAGCUGCUUAAUGAGAAAGAACAAAAUCAAUUAGUUGAUUUGGUUGAUGUCCAGAUUGGCCAGGAGUACGAGCUUGUUGUAACCACAUAUUCAGGACUCUAUAGAUACAGGGUCGGUGAUGUGCUUCGAGUUGCUGGAUACAAGAACAAUGCACCUCAAUUCUACUUCAUAUGUCGGGAAAAUGUAAUCUUGAGCAUUGAUUCGGACAAGACUGAUGAAGCUGAGCUACAAAAUGCUGUGAAAAAUGCAGUGCACAAUCUGAUACCAUUUGAUGCAACUGUAACCGAGUACACCAGCUAUGCCGAUACCACCACCAUUCCAGGCCACUAUGUCCUGUUCUGGGAGCUCAAUGUGAAUGGCUCUACCCAAAUUCUUCCUUCUGUCUUUGAAGAUUGUUGCCUUACCAUUGAAGAAUCUCUAAAUAGCGUCUACCGCCAGGAACGUGCCUCUGACAAAUCCAUUGGGCCUCUGGAAAUCAGGAUAGUGGAAAUUGGGACUUUUGACAAGCUCAUGGAUUACUGUGUUAGCGUAGGUGCUUCCCUUGACCAAUACAAGACACCCCGAUGUGUGAAAUUUGCACCCCUUGUUGAGCUAUUGAAUUCGAGAGUCAUGUCCAGACACUUCAGUCCCACGUGUCCAAACUGGCUUCCUGGUAACAAGCAAUGGAACAACAUGAAUUGA